AUGCGGCGGGCGCGGGCGCUGCUCCGCCGCGGAGCGCUGCUCGCCUGCCUUUCCUUGGGGACGCUGCUGGCCCUCGCCGAUGCCAAGGGUGCCUUCUACCCCCCCGCCGCCCCCCUGCCCUACGGCGGCAGGUACAGCCUCUACACGGCCGGCUCCAGCCCGCAGCUCGGUCCCGGCAAGCCCGUGGGCAAGCACAAGAGCUACUGUGCCUACGUGGUGCAGCGCAAUGUGACGUGCACGCUGCAGGACGGGGCCGAGAGCUACGUCAAGGCUGAGUACCACAAGUGCAGCUGGGGACCCAAGUGCCCAGGGAAAGUGUUGUACCGCACCUUCUUCAGGCCCAAAUACAAGAUUGGGUUCAAGACAGUGACUGAGCUGUCCUGGAGGUGCUGCCCAGGCUUCAUGGGAGAAGGGUGCCAUGACAGCCCGACAGACCAGCCUGGCCUUCUGCCCCAGCAUCCCAGCCCCAAAAUGCCUCCCGGGCAAAAGAUGUUUCCAAUGCCCAGACUUCCUCCCUUUCCUAAAAGCCACCCUGACCUGUUUCCAGGACCAAAGAAGAAUCAAUAUGGCAGGAAGCUGCCUGGCCUCUUUGGGGACCGCCUGGAUCGGCUGGAGGAGGAGGUGAGGCGGCUGUCCCAGUCCUAUGAGAGCCUGCACAGCAUGGUGAGCGGGCUGGGGGAGCGCCUGCGCUUGGCCAUCCAGGAGGACACCAGCAAGAUGCUCGGCUCCCUGAUGAACAGCCCAGGCACGCCAGACUCCUCUGUGGGCUUCGGCAUCAUUCCCGACGGGCUGGUGGACGCGGCGGACAAAGCCGACGUGGCCACAUUCCCUCCCGUGGGGGAGAUCCUGACCAGAGUGACGGAGGUCAGCGACGUUUUGAAAAGCAAGGCGGAUCUGCUGCACGAGGUGCGGGGCAUGGUGCUGGACCAUGACGGGCACAUCAAGCACCUGCUGGAGUCUGCCCGGCCCUCACCUCUCACCUCCAUCGAGCUGCUGGAGGAGUACGUGGACAGCAGGCUGAGCAGCCUGCGCGGAGAGCUGCUCGACGGCUUCGAGAAGAAGCUGGGCAAGAUCCAGAGCGCGUGUGAUUUCCGCAUCCAAGAGGUGCGGCAGCAGUGCGAGGAGGAGAAAGCUGCCAACCUGCGGCUGCAGCAGACGCUGGAUGGGAAGGAGCUGGAGAUCAAGAAAGAGAUUUCUCAGCUGGAGACACAGAUCCAAGGGCUGACAGUGGUGGAAAGCUGCUGCAGCAACCUGGACUACCUUACUGAUCGCAUGAACAUCCUUGAGAAAGGCCUGCACAGCAUCUCCGAGUCCCAGAAGAACCUGCACUCACGCCUGGAUGGAGAAAUCUCCACUGCCACCCUGGGGAACCUCUUUGAAGGGCGCUUUGAGGACCUGGAAGCCAGGCUGAAUGCUACAGAGAUGGAAACGGGGAGCUGCUGCUCUGGUAUAGAGGACAGCAUGAAAGGCACGGUGGUGGCAGAGGUGGAUGGCAUGAGGACUGCCUUUGAAGACAAAAUGCAGACCCUGGAGGACAGGUUCAUGACCAUCGUGAGAGAGCUGAACAAUGCCAGUUCUCCCAUGGGCAUGGACGGCUCAGUGGUGCCUGUGCUGGAAGGGGAGCUUGCCAGCAUGAGGAAACAGACAGACGAGACACUGGAGGUGUUGCAGAACCGCCUCAUCACACUGGAGAACACCUGCUCCCUGGGCUGCACCUCUGCCUCCAAAGAUGUGGAGACGUUCCGGACAGAGAUCAAGGAUUGCCAGAGCAAGAACCAGGACCUGCAGCUCCGCAUGGACAGCAAUUACGACCUUUUGCGCAAGCUGAACGCCACUAUCCUGGAGAUCCAGCGGCGAAUUGAGGAGGAAGCAUCAGGGGCUUUGCAAGGGGAGAUCACCUUGCUAAAGAUCAACCUGAAUACGGUGAGCAAGUCCCUGACAGGGCUCAAGGACUCUGUCUCCCAGUACUCAGACACCGUUAUGCACGUCAACUCCUCACUAGAUGAGCACGAGAGGAAGAUUGAGGACGAAGUCCACUCUAUCCAGGAGAAAGUCAACGACCAAGGCUCCCAGCUCUUCUUCAGCAAUCGCCAUGUCCUGAACCUGAAGGGAGACCUGGAGCGACUCAAAGCCAGGAUUGUCAGUGACCUGAGCUCCUGCAGGAGCGUGGCCCAGGGCCUGCAGCAGGAGGUGUCUCGCUUUGAUGAGCGGGUGGCGCGGGUGGAGAGCGCCUGCGGCAGGCUGGGCACCGUCACCAGCAGCCUGGACAGCAUCAGGGGAGAACUGGAGAAACACACGGGCAGUCUGUGGGACUACAUGGACCACAUGAACGGGACACUGGCUGCCCACUCUCAGGAAAUCACAGGACUGAAGGACAACUUGCUUGACUGCCAAGCCAAGGUCUCUGAACUGGCGGAACAGGUCGGGCACUUGGAGGAGAAGGCAGAGAGGAGGCAGCAUUAGCCACACUGCCAUGCCAUGUAUUUUCCUUCUCCUGCUGUGAAGGACAGGAUUAAAUUAUAUCACACAGACUCGCUCCAAUGUGACAACAGCUCUUGGGAUAAUUUUUUUAUGAAAAGCUGCUACUUUUUUUUUCCCCUAAUCUUGUUGGCCUCACUUCUUCUUAAUUCCAUCAUGCUGGUACUCCCCUCCUGAUGCCCAGCAACUGUUCUGACCCUGGUGCAGCAGUUUGCUGCCUCCUGGCUGGGGAUGUUGCUUUGGCUCCUGGGCUGAUGACCCCAGAAGGACAAUUCAAUAGUAAGCUGGAGGCAGAAACAUUUUUUAAAUUUUAUGUUUGUGGAUUUAUCAUUUCUUGAAGAAUAAAACCCUGUAGUUAUCAGCUGAGGAAUAGUUUCUCUGGCCUAAAGACCACCUGCAUCUUAAUCCAGAGACUCAAGCAGAGCCAGGGCUCCUUGCAGGGAACAAAACUCACCACAGGAAUUGUAGAUUUCAAAGAACACACGUAUUCACACGUCCGUCUGGGA